AUAUAGGUAUCUCAGUUUAAGUUAGAGAAAAUUGCUUGCAUGGGAAUGAAACUAUAGAUCAAGAGUAAUAAUAAUAAAUCACUGAGUAUCUGAGAUGGCUCCAAAGAGGAAGAAGCUGAAGACAGCUUGUGAAUUGCCAGAAUCCGAGUACAGGAUCUCGUCUCCGCUCGGCUUCAUCAUCAUCCGGGCCUGCAACUCUGGCCUGCACUCGACGGGCCUCGAAGGAGAGUUGUCGGACGAAAAUUUUACACCAAAUUUAAGACAAGGUGUAAAGCUUUUGGGCAGCAACAAAGUACCGCAGGUCAUCAAAAAGUGUGAGAUCUGGUUUCGUACUUACUUUGAUGACCCUAAGAAUAUGAACAUGUUGGAGAGGCCAGACAUCUGUGUGUUCAAGAAAUCAAAUUUAGCAUUUCGUGAACUAGUUUGGAAAACCCUAGCGGAUACAGUUGGGCCAGGUGAGGUCAUCACAUAUGGUGCCUUAGCUGACAAAUUAAAAAAUCCAGGUGCAGUAAGAGCUGUGGGUUCAGCAAUGCGCAACAACCCAAAUGGUAUAAUUGUUCCUUGCCAUAGGGUUGUUAGGACAUCAGGGCUAGGACUCUACCAUGGAGGUACUCGACAGUCAGUCAAAGUGUGGCUGCUGAAUCAUGAGGGAAUUACAAAAUAUACUUAG